UGGACAACAUACUAUCUGGAACUCAGCUAGAUGAGCAAGAAACAACUCCCCCUAUUAAUGAGGUUGAGCGAUUGUAUCGUGGGAUCUUGGAGUCGCUUGUAAGGGAGGCGACGAAGGUUCAUAACAAACCUUUGACGGAGGACUCGAAAACGUUCCUGCCCUUCAGGCAGGACGAAAUUGAAAAAGCGAAAACAUCGUUGGCCAACU